AUGGGUGCCGACUGCCGAGGCCUAGCUGCGGGAGGCACGGCCAUGGGCGACGCCACGGAGGAGCCCCUUCUCCCCAGAUCCAGUGGCGCGGCAGCCGACGCGCGGCGCAGCCCCGAGGAGCGCGGAUCGGAGCUUUACGGGAGGGAUAGGAGGCACCGGCGCUGCCAGAAGCGCGGCGGCCGCAGCAGAAGCAGGGGGCGCCGCCGCCAUCGCCGUCGGUCGCAUGAUACGGAGACGUCGUCGGAGAGCGACAGCGAUGGUGACUCGGAGACCUACGAGUCCGACGGUUCCAGGGAUAGGAAGAGGAGGAGAUCAAAAGGUCACAAGAGCUCCAAGCGAAGUAGGAAGAGCCCGUCGAGGAAGACGAGGAGGGGUGGAUCGAGGAGGAAGAGGAGCAAGAGAUCAGAUUCCGAAGAUUCGGGAACACCAGAUCGCGCCACCGCCUAUGCCAAGAGCAGCAACGUGGCGAAGGAAGAAGCUAUCAGGAUCAGGUACAGGGAGACGGCCGAGGCGAGGAGCCCGCCGGCGCUCGGCGACGAGGCUCCGGCGCCGCUGGUGAUCAAACCGAUACCGCUGCCUCACGUUGACACGGCGCAGGCCAGGUACGGCGGCGCGCUGCGGCCUGGGGAGGGCGACGCGAUCACGCGGUUCGUGCAGCAGGGGAAGCGCGUCCUCCGGCGCGGUGAGGAGGGCCUGUCCGCCGACGAGAUCGAGCGGUUCGAGGGCACCAGGUACGUGAUGAGCGGGAGCAGGCACGCGUGGAUCAACGCCGUGCGGCUCCAGAAGGAGAACCAGGUGUACAGCGCCGAGGAGAGGCGCGUGCUCGCUUAGUUCGACCACGAGCAGAAGCAGAAGGCAAGGCAGGAGGGCAAGGUGUGGGAGGACCUCAGGCACCUCGUGGACAGGGUGCUCGACAAAGGUGCCGGUGCCAAGAUCGAGAUUGAGCAUGGUGACCCGUUCACCCUACACACUGUCCACGAGUCAUGA